ACGCACCGUUGUGUGUACGUGAUAGUUUCGGAUUCGAGAGUAGCAUUUUAUGUGUGGACUACAGUGUUUCUGUAUUACAACCGAUGGUGUGUAUAGUGCUUAUCGGUAGAGACAAGCUAGAGAAGAAGAAAAAACGGCUCGAGUAAAGGCAACUAGCGACAAACGCAUACAAAUCAAUCAUGUAUCUUCGUUUGCGGUGCGAAAAUGUUGAUUGAGUCGGACGGUUUGUAGCAUAUGAAGGGAAAUCUGUGUAUAGCGAUACAAACUAAUACACAUUCACGCGUCCAUUUGACAUGUUCGACAACAGUGGAUGUGUGCGUGUAUUGCUGGUGUUAGUAUGAGUUUACGGUAAAAAAAAUUUGGUGUCACAUUACUGUCUCUGUUACACAGCCAUAACCGUAUCGUACGUUAGAUUCGUAUGUCAUAUGCGCUGUUUCAUUCGCACCAUUGUCAAUGAAUACACUGCUUUGCUUGUCUACAACACUAACACCGUGCUGUAUACUACAGAGCUACUACUACUGCUGCUGCUGCUGCUAACUCUCAAAAGCCACACACAAUAAAAAAAAGAGAAACGAAACACACGAAGAGAGAAGAGAAGAAAAAGAAAUAUUUUCUAAAAUGGCGAUAUCACGUCUCAUUCAAAACGACUGUGUAUAGUGAAAAUUCACUUGAACGACUCGUUUUAAAAAACAACAUUAAAAUAAAAGUCGACAUAUUUCAAUUGCACCACAUUUUGUCAUCAGCUAGAAAAUUUUGUGUGUUUUAUAUCGUUUGUGCAAGAACGCGAAUAAAAAAACGAAACGAAACGAAAAUCGAAUGGAAAAUUAUUCAACCAGACGAUACAGUAGAUAAAAAAAAACCAUACACACAUACACGUCUUGGAACUUAAAGAAAAUGCUUAACUGAAGAGAGAAAAAAAAACGGGUACAAAACAACAUUUCGUCGAUUUCGAUAUUCUUAUUUUUUGUUUCUUGUAUUUCAUUCGUUCAUUCGUCGAGUUCAAACACCAGGCACAGCAGAAGAAAAAAAUAGAGUGUUUCUUUGUUCAAAAAUUAUUUGUCGUGGUUCUCAGUGGCGUAGUGUGUAGUAUUAAAAUUAAGUUUGCCAGUAAUUUAUUUAUUUUUGUUGUUUUACCUAUUUCUCACUGUCUCUUCUUGGUUGCGUUGAAAUCAAAGAGAAAAUUUGUUUAAUAUAUCGUAAUAUGUAAUGCGAAACACGAAAAUGUCUUCAAUGCGGAUAGUGUGGUGAUGAAAAUGUUUGUUGUUUCCAUUUGAAGAAGAGAAUCCCAAUCGAAAUUAUGAUAAAACAAUUUCUGAUCCAUGCAAGAGAAUAGUUGCAUAUCGAUUUUAAGACGAUUUCAUAUGACAAAAACGAGUAAAGGCAACGAAGAAGAAGAAGAAGAAGAAAACAGGUGAACCGAGUGCUAGUUAUUUUGGAGCGACAGUGAAAUGGCCCAUCGUCUUACUGUUGUUACUGUUAUUGUUGUUGUUGUUGCGGUCAUUGUCAAACCGGAAUCACAUACACGAACUCUAAGUGAAAAUGGGCAAACGAUAUGUUGAUCAUGAUUCGCAAUUGGAUACACCGACAAAUAAAAAACGUAAAACCGAAUCGUCACAUCAACCAUACGUUAACGAUGCUACUGCAACCGAGACUACAAAUCAGUUGACGGCCACAGCGGCGGCCAUCAACGAUGUCACCUAUUCAUUAACCACGGAUCUGGUGGACGGCACCGUGCUCACCGAUCUGUGCGCGAAAAAAUGGCGAUGCGGCAAACCAAUCGGCAAAGGCAGUUUUGGUGAAAUUUUCUUGGCUUCCGACGAUAUAUCCAAACCAGUAACAAGUGAAAAUGCGAAAUUUGUGGUAAAAAUUGAGCCACACAAAAGUGGGCCAUUGUUUGUGGAAAUUCAUUGUUUGAUCAAAUCGGGAAAACCAACAGAGGAGAAACCGUUGCCAUUGGGUAUGCCAACGUACAUGGCAUCGGGUGGUCAUUUCUUUGGUCAGACGAGAUAUCGUUUCCUCAUUUUGCCACGCUACGAUUUUGAUUUACAUUCCAUAAUCCGAAGCCGUCAAGUGGAGACCAAGAAUAUCCUGAUCAUAGCCAGCCAAUUGAUUGACAUUUUAGAGCAUAUUCAUGACUGCGGGUACGCACAUUCGGACAUUAAGGCUGAGAACAUAAUGAUUGGCAAGUGUACGUACAAAAAAAGCAAAGACAAUGAACAAAAGCAGCGCAGCGGCAAUGCAACGAGCCAACAACAGCAAACGGUGACGACGGUCGCCAACAAACAACGUGCCGAUAAACGGAAACCGGUUCGCAAAUUGCGAAUGACAUUGGCACGCAAUGACAGUGAUACGAGACAGGCAAAAAAAACGGCCGAAUCGAAAUCGUAUGCGGAAUCGAGCAGCAGUGCAUCGAGCAACAAAUCGGACAGCGAUUUUGGCGAGGAUUUCGAUAAAUUGAGCGACGAUGACGACGAUGAUGAGGAUGAGGAUGUUGACGACGAUGAGGUGGAUGAGGAUGACGAAGACGACGACGACGUCAUAUCUAAUUCGGAUCUCGGUUCAGGUGUGGACAGCGAUACAAAUAGCACGAAUUCUACAUCGGACAAAGAGUACACAUUCUCACGGCGUCGUAACACAAAAGUGGAGUUCAGUGGUUCGAAUCCGAUGCGAUCGUGUCGCAAAGAGUCGAACAGCACUGAAACCUAUGAUGCGAUGGUGCGUUCACAUUAUUUGCGUCGUUCAACGAAAAAGGUUAACUAUUGUGAGAACGAGGACGAGGAAAUGGGUCGAAAUAGUGAUUUGGAUGAUGAUGAAUGGGGCCGUAAAAAUAGCUACUUAAAGCGAAUAUAUUCAUCGGCUGAAAAAUCAACGGAAAAAUCUCAGCAUCGAUCAGAAGUGAAAAAUGGCAUUGAUCAAUUGGCCACAUUGCGUGAGGACGAUGAGAUGCAAUCGGAAGAUCGAAUACAUUUGAUUGAUUUUGGUUUGGCGCUAAAAUUUGUCGAUUCAAACGGUGUACAUCGGCCAUUUGUGAUGGAUCAGCGACGAGCACAUGAUGGUACGCUUGAGUUUACAUCACGCGACGCACACAUGGGUGCCCAUUCGCGACGCAGUGACCUCGAAUGUUUGGCAUACAAUUUAAUUUAUUGGAAAGAGGGUUAUUUACCGUGGAAAAAUGAGAAGAUCAUGAGCCAACCGGAGCAAGUGCAUCGAAUGAAGGAGUAUUUUAUGACUGACAUUAAGCAAUUAUAUAAGAAAUUUUACAAUGUUCCAAUACCGGCGUUUAUUUAUGAAUUUUUAACACAUGUCGCGAAUUUAGCCUAUCACGAUCGACCCAACUAUAAGUUAUGUAAAGAUAUAUUUUUGAGAGAAUUCCUUAAGCUAGGCUAUAAACAAAGUGAAAUGGUAUUGAAUGUGGCGGACUUACGAGCGGCACCGCAACGCAAAUUGGACACCGAUGAAAUUGAUGCCGUACACAAUGUGCUCGGUCAAAAGAUGAUGGAUGUGGCAAAAAUGAUGAAAAUGGGCAUGAUGAUGUCAUUUUGUGAAACGCCAACCACACCAAAUCAAAUAUCACCGAAAAAUCUCCGAUCGAAGGCCACACAAAAUACGAAAAAACGACGAGCAAAAUUCUCAUGGACUGAAAUAUUGAGCACCGAUCCGGAUCAAAUAGCACGGCAACGGGCCGAAAAGGAAUUCGAACGUGAACCAUGCGAUGAAACGCCCGUCCGCCGUUACACCGGAAAACCUACGUAUGCGAUCAUUCAAACGGAAAAUUUGAAAACGAAAAACAAAGAUCGCGAUCAUUUGGAUCAGCCCGAGGAUUGUAUCAAGGGCUAUAAUCGUGCGAUGAUGGAUGUGUGGCGGAAACGGCAAUCGUUGCUGGUCAAGCAGCUCGAAUACAACAACAGCAUCACCGAAGAGGUGAAACCAACGGUGGUACGUGGUCGACGCAAACCAGCCUCCACCAACACCAGCACUACUAACAUUGCAUCGGAUAAAAAGCUGAACGGUCACAGUGCUGAAGAUGUUCGAAUACCGAACGCAAGCGAUGAUGCCCUGGAAAAAGCAUCCCCAUUACAAACUGCCAAACAAGCGACCAAAACCACACGACGGCGCAAAUCCGGCCUGCGAAAUGUCAUUACACCGACGAAAAAGAUCAGCGCAUAUCGAGAAACGAAUGGUCGAAAGCGGAAAACAAUAGCGUCAACUGAAUCGACCGUCGCUACGGCUAUCAACACAACAACAACGACGACGACGACAACAGCAGCUGCUGCUGCUGUAGCACCUACAUCCAGUGAAAAUUCGGAUGCAUCAAAUCCAUGCUGUGAAAUUAGCUCGAAAAUUGCGUGGUGGGAUUUGAAUACACGCGGUGGCAGUGGCACAAAGAACAGCAGCAGCAGCAGCAGUACGAUUGAAUCGUCGGAAUCGUUAACGCUAGGCGUUGGUGGCAAGGGUCGUCGAAAGUAUAACAGCAGUUGUGGCAUGUCAUCGCCGGCCAGCGAAGAGGACAGUUCACAUGAUUCGUUUGAUUAUCGAAGGCCAAGCACACGAUGCAUUCGUACGCGUGGCGCACACACCUCCGCCAAACCGCUUGUGAUUAGCGACGAAGAUAGUCGUGACACCACCGACUAUAGCCCGGUGAAAAACCGGCACAAACGCACCAAGGAUAGCAAAAGCAAUCGAAGCCGAAACAAACGUACGUCUGCUGCGGCCGCUGCUCGGGCAGUGUCGGGGCGCAAAGUCACAUCCGAAUUGAUACGAACAUUCACCAGAGGCUGACACUGAACCGAGUGCUAUUUGUGUUAAACAAACCGACCGAGUGAACACCAUCAUUGUCAGCCGUCAUUGUUAUUCUCUCAUCAUCGUUGUCGCAAAAUGCAUUCAAUCUACGUUGUCACAAAAUCAACGUGCUGUUGCUCAAAAUGAAAAUGGAUUUUUGUUGCACGUUCAAACUGCAUGUCAAGUGAAAAUAGAAACAGCAAAAAAAAACCAGGCAAAAUAUAGAACAAUUAAGGCUAAACAAAAUGGAAGAAAAAAAACAAUUGUGAUGUGUGAAUUUUGAAGCACACAGAAAAAAAAAUGGUUCUGAUGAAAAAUGAAAGAAAAGUAAGAAAAAAUAAGAAAAAAAAAACUCCUACAAAUUUAUAGUCUAAAAAAUCAACAGAAUCAUUAAAUUAUUAUGUUUAAAAUUAAACAAAAAAAAACUAUUAAUAAUAUUAUGAGUAAAUACGACAAAAAUUCUGAGAAUAAAAGAGAGAAUAAUGGGUUUAUUCCAAUGAAAUGCACUCGAAA